UCCCCGGGCGCCCGGCCCGGCCCCGCCCGCCCGGCAGCGGCGGCGGUGAGACCUCCCCCACACCCUCAACGAGCCGGGGAGGACCCGGGAGGAGCCGGCACGACCCCCGCCCCCUUAGCCGGGGAGGGCGCGGCAGGAGGCAGGCGGCGCGGUUGCGGGAUGCGCUCCCAGCAUGGGCCCCCGGAAUGUGCCCCGAGGGUGUCCUGUGUCCUUGGAAUACUUUCUCGGGAUUUGUCCUUUGCCUCCACCGCAUGCCCUACCAUGCACCCUGGGAUAAGCCAAAUAUCCCCAGUGUGGACUCUAGGAUCUGCCCUGGGACACACCUUGGGCUGUGCACCAGAGUGCACCCUGUGCCCUACUGUGCGCUCAGGGGUGCACUCUUUCCCCCGCCGUGCCCCUCAGUAACGUGUUAUGUGCCCUGCAAUGUGCCAUGCACACCCAGGAUGUGUGGCAGGAUGUGCUGGGCUUCACUGUGCAGCCCUGGAUGUGUCCCAGGAUGUGCCACAUGCCCCAGGAUGCAUGUUGGGAUGUGUCUUGCCCCCCAGCAUGUGCCCCAGAAUGUACCAAGGGCUGUGCCGUUAGCCUUGGGAUGCCAUCGGGCUCUGCUGUGUGCCCCAGGAUAUGUCCCAAAUUCUGUGCAUCUUUGGCUACUCCCUUCUGGCCUCCCAGGCCAUGUCACAAGGGUCUUCCCCCACUGGUGGGGAGUACAUAGGGUGUUGCAUCACUGGGGUGGUGGACCGCAGGCCCUUUGAUCCCCCCACUGUAGCCUAAAAUUCGCUCUUAAAGAAACUUCUAAGACUUAAUUUGUGAGUUUUAGAAGCCAGGCAUUCUUUAUUACACAGUGCUGUAUAAUCACAGCACUGCCCUGGGAAUCAGUUCACCAAAGUGCACACAGCAGUAUCUUCACUACAGCUUAUAUGUCAGCAUCACAUGAUUAUUCAUAUUUCAUUCCAUGCAUUCUUGUCGCAUAUUUAUGACAUCUCUCAAUGCUUUUUAGCAUGCAUACAUAUCCUUAUAAGGUCUCUGAGGGGCUUCAUCGGUGAUGCCUGUUGGUUAUGUCUAGAACCCCCAAAGUUCUAAGGAAGUGCCUGCCUUAUGAACUUCUUUAAGGCAAUACACCUGGUUAUAGAGGAACUGGGUGUUGCUUGGCUGGCUGCCUCAGUUCCCUUCUUCAUUGUUUCUUGACUUUGCUUGGUUAGUCACUUUAAAUCACUUGGCUCAGCUAUAUGUAGUUUCUGUGGUACAGUCCAUUGUAAAAACUGUUAGUUCUUGUUACAUCUCAAAACUCAGAUAUCACCAUCAGCUCCAGGGCUGCCUGGGGCUGCAGGCAGGAAGGGGACCAUCCCCACAGUUUCACUGCGGAAAGGGAAAUGGCUCAUCCUGCUACAAGGACACACCAAGGUGUCAGCCAGCACCUGUGGCAGGGCCAGGUCUCUGACCAAUCCCCAUGUCCUGCUGCCAGAGGAGCAUGGGCAGCUCUAGAGCCUGCCCUGACAGGUUGCAGGCACUUGCAGCCACCUUGGGAUCUCUCUCCAGGAGCCACAUGUGCCUCACAUCCCGAGAGACCACACAGGUUCAGCUCCUGUCAUGAGGACUGGAUGCCAGCUGCCAGUGUAACAGCCAUAGCCAGCGUCAGCGUCAGCCUCGGCAUCAUCCUUGUAGCUGUCAAAGGUCAGAGCUGCCUGGCCAUUAAUCGUUGCUGAGAACAGCCAAGCCACUUCAGGCAUGAAAAGCUGUGCUGUUCCCAGGGCUGUUUUCCUUUCAUCAGCUGCAGCCCCCAAGCACUUAAACAUAGAGCAAAUAUUUGGCAGGGCAGGGUGAGGUUCUGGCCCAUGGGUUGGGGACCUUGGUGAGCUCUGGAGCACUGAGAAAGGCCAGCAGGAUGCUUGCAGGGGGCUGAGCUCUCUCUUGUAUGCUUAGGUUUCUUGGCCUUUGUGAUCAUACCAUCUGAGUGAUGGAGGAUCUGGUGACGGGCACUUUCUCAUGGAACAGAGCUCCUGCCGUGGCGCCAGCCCUCACUUUGCCUAUGAACAAACCCCCAGCAGUGCCCAGCAAGGAGGGCAUUUCGGAGAGCUCCAGCUCCACAGCUCGCUGCUGCCAAGGUGAGGGAGAGGAGGGAGGACUGGAAGCACAGGAGUGCCAUUACUUUGCAUUCGCUUUGGCCAAAGGAGCCGCCAAAGGGCAGGUUGACAUUGCCAGCGAGGGACAGUCACCCGGGAACGGGAGCUGGUAGCACUGGCAGCACAGGCAUCACAAGGAAACCCUGCCCUGGGCAGUGCAGCACUGCUGGAAUGCCACGAGUUGAGGUGUGAUAGGAGCAGCCACGUCAGCUGAUUGGAGACACCAGCUAUAAAGCACUUGCCGGCCCCAUGGUGGAGGCACAAGGGAGCCCACCAUGGCCAACAUGGUGCCUGCCUGCCUGCUCCUGGCCCUGAUGCUCCUGGCCCCAGCCCUGUCAGCACAGCAGCAGCGAGGGCUCAUCUUCAACUUGGAGAUUGGGGAGCUGUGCCUGCAGAGUGCCCAGUGCAAGAGCGGCUGCUGCCACCGGGUCAGUGGCCUCAGCCUUGCUCGAUGUGCACCGAAAGCAGCCGAGUUUCAGGAAUGCUCCCCAAAGAGCAUCUAUGGGGUCUACUACAAGUGUCCCUGUGAGAGCGGCUUGACCUGUGACGCUGAUAAGACCAUCGUGGGCUCCAUUACCAACAGUGACUUCGGUGUCUGCAAGGACCCCCGGGGCUUCUACAGAUGGUGGUGAAGAAAGAGAUUCCCUGGAACCUAUGCCCCUGCCACCUUGCCUUUCCCUUUCCUAGGAAUGCCUGUGGGAGAAUUUGAGUAAAGAGCAGCUUCUGCUGAGCUGCAGGCCAGCGUUUUCACUCGGCGCAGGCCCCCUGCAUGGGGACAACAGGGCCAGAAGGUCCUGGAAAAAGCCACAGGGACAUGAUAGCUUUACCUAUAUGUGUGUGCAAUUGUAUAAUAAUCUGUCUAGGUCAGCAGAGAGCCAUGGGGUGAGCUCUACUCAGGGGGAGUGUAAGCAAAGGGGGUGCAGGGGACAGGAAGAUGCAGCAGCCCCAGGAUAUGAGGGAGCUACUUUGGUUGUGCUGGACUUGUUUUAUUUCCUGCUGUGGCUGCUCUGGUUGGAAGCAUUUCCUAUGAAAGGUUUGUUGCCAGAGAAGAGGAACUUGCAGGGGGUGUUGAAGCUGUGGGUGCCCAGGGUGUUUGGUGGUCAUGUCCACCUCCCAUGUCUUGCCACACUACAGGCUCGGGAUGACCAUGCCUGCACCUCCUCAGGGUGAACAGAUGUGGCCAGGAGGUGAGAGGUCAGCGAGGUGGGAGUCCUCCCUGAAAAAGACCUUGUAUGGGCAGCAGUUGUACAUGCCAUGGGAGACCCCCGUGCAGCACCUCCAUCAGUAUCUUGUAGAGUAUCUUCUCUGGCUGCAAGAUAUGCAGGAGUUUGGGGAAUUCAGGAUGGACCUGGGGAGAGACGGUGCUGGGAGCAGCCCUGGCUUGCAAUGGUGUGGCAAAUCCGCUAAGCCCUGACCCCAGCAGAGCUGUGCCCUGGGCAGGGUAGCCUGCAGGGUGUGAUGCCCAGCUUGGAGUAAGCAUUUUGGGCAUGGGGAGGGAGCACAGAUGUACUACAGCAAGAUGAGGAAGAGGAGGCAGCCAUCUGGCAGAGUUGAGGAGGGAGCAGGAGAUGAAGGGGUCAUCAGAGAGGGUGUUCUUAGCUUCUCAGAUGCAGAUUUUACCCAUGUUUUUCCAUCCAUGGGGGCACAGCAACCAUCAGGCACCCACAGUGCCACUUGCCACUGUCCCAAGCGGCUCUGCAGCAGGUGGGGAGGCCACAAAGACUGGAGGCCAUUCCUCGCAGCUGAGAAGGUGCUGCAGGAAACUUUUUUUCCAGGACAAGGGUGACUGGCAGCUUGAGGAUCUGAACCUGCAGAAGAACCAGGGACACAUCUGGAUGUGUGGCACAGCUUGGAGGGUCCCCAGUGUGGGCAGGGGAAUGGGGGGGGCUGCUUGGGGACCUUCUGGUCCCUGAAAGUUUGGCUCGGCAGAGCUGCAAGAGGAGAAAAUUCUGACCUGGAUUUUAGUUUUAAACUUGUGGCGGGUGGUUAAAGCUUUGAGAGUCUUGUUCUCAUCGUAGUGGUGGCCCUGGCAAGAGGCCACCAGGUCCAUGUCUUCAUCAGUGCAGGAUGAGGUGUGGAGUAAGGAGCUGAUGGGGAUGGGCACAGGAACAGCAGCCCCUCUCCUGUAGCAGAGGCAUGGCCAGCUCCAGGCAGAGCAAGGGCGGAGGGGAUAUGGGACACAGGGGUCUCUCCAUGGACUUGCUGUUUCUGUGUGUUCCUCAGCCCCACAUGCCAUUCCACAACAGUGGAGAGCACCCCAGAGAGCUGCCAUUACCCAGGACACACACUGGAGAUACUAGGAGCCCUGUCUGCCCAGUGCUAGCCUUGUCCGGGGUUGUAUGUGCCUGUCAGGGGCAGGAUGUGACCAACGCCCAGCUGUGGCCAUGCCAGGACAGGCAGAGGGCAGCCACACCAUGUCCAUAGCCAGGGCUCCCAGCUCUGGGGACCUCCCAGCUCUGGGGACCUCCCAGCCCAGCAGAGAUCUCCCAGCCCCAGGGGCAGCUCAGCUUUGGGGCUGCCUGAAAUGCACAUAACCCCACAGCCCUGACACUCUUUGAGUCCUGCAUUAGGGGUUUCCCUGGAAGGAGAGAGGGGAUAGUACUGGGAGGGGGCAGCCUGGACUAAUCUCUGGCAUAUUCGAUGCUCUUUUUGUGGUGUCUCCUUUUUUUGGGGUGUAUCUAUAAUGGCAGAAGGAGCAUGGGAGCACCAGAAAGGUGGGAAGGAGGUAGCUGUGCUGAGGUGGUAGACACAUGAACCCCCCCGCCCCCCAUUUCAGCCCUAUAUUUACUGAUGAAGCUGCAGUUUUAUUUUGGCAGCUCUCAGGUGGUAAAUAUUGGCUUAAACCAAAAACCAGACACCUGACAAACACAGGAAGGGGCCCCUGGCACGUGUGGGGUACUGCCAGUCCUGGGGACAGGGGGACCCCACACUAGGGUGGGGGCAAUCUAAAUUGGGAAGGGGGAUAUGAGCAGGGCAUCCUUGUGCAGGCAGGUUUUGCUGCAGCAAGGUUCCUUGUGCAGGGACACGUGGGAGAUGUAGCGCCCCAGCAGGGACCUUACUUCACCCUGGGUAAUGGAGAGGAACAAGCAUUGGGUUACUCCUUCCUCCCUCUGUGCUUUGCAUGGGGUUUAACUCUCCUUGGUUAAAAAGCAAUGAGGAGUAUGAGACUGAAGGGAUGUUGGGGUGGAGGGCAGCCCAAGACCCUCCCCAGCCUCACCCCAUCAUCAGGAUUGCACCUCACUGUCAAACCCCAUCCCCUCCUGUUCACCCAUGGGGUGCCCCACUUACCAGGGAGGUGUGUGGAACAUUUUGCCGCCUGAGUGUCCACCCCUCCUGCCUCCCUGGUGCUCCCCCGCCUGGCCUAGCUGUUGUUACUCGAGGGUACAGGAUGUUCUCGCUCAGCCGAGCUCCUCUCCCCCCUCUCUCCCCCUUUUCUGCCAGCCCUUGUCCUUCACCUCUUCUCUGCACUGCUUUAACUCUGUUUUUUUCCCAAAACAUCACCUUUUCCUCUUCCUCUUCUUCCUCUUCUUCAUUUCUUUUUAAUUUCUGCACAGAUGCACUGAUGCUCCUUCUCUGCCCCUCCCAGGGAGUCCCUGCGCCUUCAAUUCACUGCAUCUCCAGUGGUGUGUCCACACAAUGCCCAGCUUUGCAGACAUCCCCAGCAGAUAUGCCUUAUUCCCAACCUUGCAAAACACUCCAAGAAAGUGUGUGUUGAGCUGCCCCUGGCCCCCAUAGUGGACUUCAGACAGGCAGCAGCCCUGUAGCAUCCAGCUUGGGGCAGUGAUUUUGGCAGGAGGGAAGACCCCAGGCACAACCUAAUUCCAUGACCUCCUUCCCCCUCCAGUACACCCCAGUUUGCUGCAGAGUGGUGUGAUGAUGGGCCUAAUCCUGCAGCUGGGCCAGAGGGGCUCCUGGGAUUUAGGUUGGAGGGCACUGGGGAUGCCUGUGCUUUCAGAGAGGCUUGGGUUUCUUGUGCCUGAGGGGUUGCCCAGAAGCAUCUGGGAGUGCACAAAGGUGUUUGGGGGUGCACAGAGGUAUCUGGGGCUGCCUGCUUGCUCUUGGUUCUGCGUUUUGUUUCCCACUCUACAUGCUUUUUUCCCCUAGUGUCAGUUGGGGCAUGGCAAAGCAGUGACUGGUGCAAUCCAGGGGGCCAGUGGCCCCUCCAGGGUAUCCCAAGGUGACUUUUGGCUGGAGGUGGCCACUAUGUGCGCAAGGCAGAAGCUGUGGGGAUGAAUCAUGUCCUUGCAGGGUGUGGGAUGCCCCAGCCAGCACCAGGGGCUUGGGGAAUCCUAAAUCCUCAGUCUGCCCCCACAAUCCUGUGCUGACGUGGAACACUUCAACCUGUGUCUGCAGCAGCAAAGUCCCCAUGGCAGGUCCAAGUCAUGAGGCACAAUGGGGAUAGGGGGGCCUAAUCCUGUGACUCCCACAACUCCCAAUUGGAUGUUCCUAAAUCUGAGCCAGGUUUUCACUGUCCCACUCUGCUCUCUUGUAUCCCUCCCUAGCUGUGGGCCCAGGGAAUUUGGGUGGGUAUCGAACACCAGCUCUGCCUUUCAGCUCAGGCUCAGCACCACUGCCAGCAUGCCUGAGAGAUGGCUUUAGGAUGAAGCCGAUGAGAAGCCACUCUUCAAGCUCUCUCUGGAGAAAAAGCAACCUUUCUAGCAAAAAAUCAUUAAAAGUUCUGUUUUGCCUCUUGAGAAAACCAAUUGUUGAUGUUUUUCCCUGGAGUUGGAACAGGGAAGGACCUGAGGGAAGGGCAGGGACCUGCUCCAGGCAAACCACAGCCCCCAGGGUCCCAAAACCUGGUGUGAAGAUCUCCGUCUCUCCUCCAUCCUUGGGGUUGGCUUUGGGGCUGGAAGUAGGGUCU